AUGGGGAAGAAACAAAGACAGACAGCCAAGAAUAUAGAGAAGGAAACAGAAAAGGAGAAACAAAAGGAGACAGGUGAGGAGACGGCUGAGAAGGAGACAGCUGAGGGGACAGCUGAGGAGACAGCUGAGAAGGAGACAGGUGAGAAGGAGACAGCUGAGGAGACAGCUGAGAAGGAGACAGCUGAGGAGACACGUGAGAAGGAGACAGUAGGCUUACAUCAGUCCAUGGUUCUUUGA